UGAUCAAUCUUUUCGUAUUCCUUCCUGAGAGAAGAAAAAUUGCGUUAGCAAAAGGGGGGAAAUUUUCCGUCACUUUGGGUGUGAUCCCAGGAGGAAAUCCAAAUUUUCUUACCCAAGGUGGCGCGGGCUAGAAGACUCUGGGUGUUUUUUCUUUUGUGGGAUUCAUUGUGCAGGUUUUAGAUCUCGUGAAAUUUUCUGGGUUAGUGUUUGAUUUUGUUGGAGUGGCGGUUUCGGAGAUUUUAGGGUUUCCGGGGCUGCGAUGGAGGAGACUCCGGCGGGGAUGGACGGCGAAAAUGGGAAAACGAACGGAUUCGAUCUGCCGAAGAAAUCACUUAAGCGGAAGAGAGAAUCUUCAGCUGUGGAGUGCUUAAGCAAUGAGCAGAAACAGGCACAGAUUGAAGCGCUGAAGCGUGAAAUGGAAGGGCUUUUCGGGUAUUACCGAGAAUUGAUGGGUCGGGCUCCAGAUUUGAUUUCAGGGUUCAGCGAAUGCUCCUCCGUGAAUGCAAUGACGGCUGUUUUGAUGGAGGAGAAGAACUCGCCAUUGUCAAAGUUGGUUGAUGAGAUUUACACGAAAGGGAAGGGGAAAAUGGAGACUUUGUCGGCGGCGGCGGUGAAAUCUGCCGUGGUUUCCGUCGGCCAGAGAGUUAUGUACGGUGUUCCAAACGCCGACGCCGACGUUUUGGAGGAUGAGACAGAGUCUUGCCUCUGGUGCUGGGAGACGAGGGAUCUUAAAAUGGUACCCAAAUUUGCUCGUGGAAUGCUAAAAAUUCGCCGGAUUUGUCGGAAGAAGAUCCAUGAAAGGAUUAUUGCUGUUUCUGCAAUGGUAGCGGCACUUCAAAGGACGGAGAGCGAAAGAUCAUGCAGAAAUGACCUGAACAAAGCUGCAGAAAAGCUUGGUAAAAUUCUGAGCGAGGCAGAUAUACGUUCAUUCAUGGAUAACAUGAUGCAGAAGAACAAUGCAGAGAUGGCUGAGAAAGAUGCAAAACGAGAAGAGAAAAUGCUUAUUAAACAAAUGGAAAAAAAUAGAUGGGAGACUGGGAAGGAAAAAAAGAAAAUGGAACGUCAAAUGAUGAAAGAAAGAUUGCAAUGUGAAAGAGAGCUGCAGGAGGCAGAUAAUGGUGAAAAGCACAAAGAGAAGGAAGAGUCCGAGCUGAGGAAACGGAAAAAAAAUCAUCAAGAUUACUCAGAGAGGGAACAAAAACGUAGACUGAAGGAGCAAGCUGGGCUAAAGAAGCAAGUUGCUGUUCAGAAACAGGCUUCAAUUAUGGAGCGGUUUCUUAAAAAAAACCAAACUAUAGUUUUGACUCGUAAUGAUCUUCCUUCCGACAAAGUAACAGCACCAGUUUCAUCAUCUGCAAGAGAUGAAAAUGCAAAUGAAACUGUUAUCCAUGCUAUGGACUAUGCUUUUUCAGCAGUUUGUGAAACUAGCGUUGAAGAUCUUCGCAGAAUGCAUUUUGCUUCCUGGCAUCUCUUUGGUCACUCUCUACGGUCAAGUUCAAAACAGCAUUGGGGUAUGCGUAAGAAGCCUAAGAGUGAACUCUUUCCAGAACUAAAGCUAUCUUCAAAUAAGGGACGACAUACACAUGACAAUGAAAAUAGCAUGGGGAAGCAAGAGGAUGCUUUGGAAGAGAAGAACUUGGGCAGCAUAUCAUGUGCUAGUCAAUGUGAUCCUUCGUCCUCUUGUCUUAGGAAAUCCAGGAGGAUCAUGCAAUUGUUACAAUUCGAUAAAAGCUUCAGACCAGCCUUUUACGGCGUCUGGCCAUGCCAAAGUCAAGUCAUAGGGCCACGACAUCCUCUGAAAAAGGAUCCAGACUUGGAUUAUGAAAUUGACAGCGAUGAAGAAUGGGAAGAGGAAGAGCCUGGUGAAAGCCUUUCAGAUUGCGAAAAUGAUCAAGAGGAAUGUCCGGAGGAAGGAUUCUCGAGAGGCGAUGAUGAAGAUGACAGCGAAGACGGCUUCUUUGUGCCUGAUGGAUAUCUCUCAGAAGAUGAGGGGGUGCAAGUGGAUAGAAUGGAAACUGAUCCUCCUGCUCAGGACGAUUUUUCACUCGCUUCUAAGCAAGACCAAGAGAGUCAGGAAUUUCGUGCAAUGCUACACCGAGAAAGGCAUCUGUCCGGUCUGACAGAGCAAGCUCUGAAGAAAUGUCAACCGCUGAUUAUAUGCAAUCUAAUGCACGAUAAAACACCAUUCUUAACUGCUAAAGAGGUGGACGGGCCACAAAAAACGGAACAGAUUUGUCUGCAAGCUCUUGCCACGAAGCCAUUCCCGGGGUCUCCACUCAUCGAGAUAAUGAUUAACAACACAGAAGGCGAGGAUCAAGAAGUCGGUAACUCCCCUUGUAGUUACAGCACUCCUCCAUCCAGUUCAAAUGCAAAACCCAUGCUGGACUUAGAUUUGCUCGCAGUUGUUUCGAUAAUCCAAUCAUGCUCUCAGGGAAUAAAUAAGGUGGUCGAAGCACUGCAGCAAAAGUUCUCCGAUGUCUCAAAGACCCAGUUGAGAAAUAAAGUGAGGGAAAUAUCGGAUUUUGAGGAUAACCGAUGGCAGGUGAAGAAAGAGAUAUUGGCAAAGCUGGGAUUAACGCCAUCGCCAGACAACAAGAGUGUGAAGAGGAUGAAGACAAUAUCAUCUUUCUUCUCAAAACGUUGUUUGCCUCCAUCAUCUCUGAAGCCAAAUGGACUCGAGAAUGAAAACAACAACUACUAGUCUUCUCUCGUUGCAUCUCUUCUUCGUUUUUUUGUACAUGGGCUGUUGCUAAUCUUCCGAAAAUGAUAUCUUUUGUAAUGACAGCAACUCAAAAGCCCUAUGCUUGGCUUUUAUUGAAUAGAUAAAGAUACAGUAACAUUUCAA